AAAAGGCAGUUGAACAAAAUGGCGAGUCACUCCCUGGGAGGCGGGAGGGAUCUGGCUUGAUCGAGGUCGCCAGUCCGCGAUAUGAGCCAGGGUAGUUUCAAGACGGCCGAACUAAUCGAUCUUGAAGCUCUAACGAACCCGCAAGUAGUCACCGACAAUGUAGUGCAGAGUGUUGUGAGCGACCAAGUAGGAAAGACGGUGUCUCAUCCAGUGGGGACGGGUAACGGGGAGACAGUAACGGGCUUGAGCUCCUCCUCGAAAUCUCUCGCCCCAGUGGCCCAGAACCGCGGCCUGUCUUCCUCCCUAACGCCACUAGACCUUACGAGACCCGUCAAAACCGAGGGAGAAGCUUCUCCCGCUAUGUCCACCGUGUCACAACCCCCGCCCACCGACGGAGUAUCUAUGCUCCCCGCCUCUCAGUCCCUCCCGACUCCUCUGUCCGGCUCUGCUGGCUCCCUGGCGGGGUCCGGCGACGCCUCAAGCUCCUCCUCGUCCUCAGUUCUGCCAGUCAACGUGACUUCCAUCAGCAACACUCUGGGGACGUUUGGCUCCCCUCUUACAGCUCUGGGUACCCAGUUGAACCUCACUGCCGAAGAGCAGUCGGCUGCCUACAAGAAGGCCAAUAUCAUAGCUCUGUCGGCGCUGGCAAAGAAGGGCGGACCUAAUGCUAGAGACAUGCUCGCCGUUCAAGCCAAGCUCCAGGAGUUUCUGACGAACCUUAUAGCACUGGCUGGAAACUCAGGACAGCAGCUCAAGUCUACUGUGCAGAUGCUCGUUCAACAGCUAGUGACUGGAUCAAUUUCGGAGCAAGAGUUUGCAAUGAGGAUUGAGAAGGACUUGCACUCGCAGCAUCAACCCAGCCUGCUUCCAUUUCUCCAGAACAGUGUUCCUCACCUGCGGACGAGACUGCAACUCCAACAGGCCAUUAUGAAGGAGCUCCUCCAGCGACAGGCGCAGGAGAAGCUGCAGCAGAAACUCACAGAGCAGAAGCUGGCCAGGCCUGGAGCGGUCCCCGAGACAACUGACACCAGUAACUCUGUUCACACGGGGGUCAGCCUGGGAAAGACAGCCUCCGUCAACAUUGCCGGUCCUGCUUCUCUAUCGGGGAGCCCCGGAGAGCAGCAGCAGCAGCCCCUUAAUCAGCAGCAGCCCCUUAAUCAGCACCAGAAAACGAACAGCACCUCUGUUAGUGUGUCACCCUCAACCGCCCCCUCCGCCACCUCUUCGUCCUCCUCCACGGCGUCUGUCCCUCUGCCCAUAUCUACCACGUCUCUCACUGCACAGCUCCGGGAACACCUGGCCAAACUCACCCCCCAGCAGCAGAGGGCCUUCUACAUGCAGCAACUCACCACGGCCGCACAGUCACAGAGACAGCCUCAGAACCAGCUAUCACAGACCUCCCAGCUAUGCAGAGCUCCCAGCAGAGGGUUAUGGUCGGAGCAGUUUCAUCUCCACAGCAGCAGGCCCAGGUAGUUAGCAGUGCCCGCCUGUCUGUUUCUCCACUCAACUCCCACACUACGUCGGCACCGAGUACUGCCAAAGUAACAGCUACAGCUAAGGCUAGCGUUAAAAUCCUCGAAAAACAACACCAGGUGUCUGUGGGGGGCGUGGCAGUAAAGCAGAUUUCGUCUCGAUUCCCUGUCGCGUCGUCUGUAUCUGCAAACCAUCUGGCAGCGGGGAAAGUGGUGGUGGGCUCGCCCUCCAAAGGCGGAGGGAUAAGAUCUGGUUUCGUUGACGUAAAGCUUGCACCGGGUGCAGCGAAACUGUCGUCUCCUCCAUCGUUUGCUGCAGGGAAGGGGAAGGGGAGAGUAAAGGUGGAAAAGAACGUUGCAGACGAUGAGGAAGAAGAGGACGAUGAAAUGGACUUCUCUGGCGUAAAGACCGUUAAUCUUCAGGCUGAAAGCAUGCUGCCCUCCAGUCUGGGAGAAACCAUGAGAACUGUCCGAGACGAAGCUUUCUUCGACGUGCAAGCUCUAAAACGCAGAGUAUUGCCAAUAGCUCGUCGAUGUGGCAUUUAUGACAUUACAGACGAUUAUCUAGUGUUGCUAUCUCACGGAAUCCAGGAGAGGUUAAAAGAUGUGCUAGAAAAAGUAACAGUCGUCAGCCAACACAGAACAGAGUCCCUCAAGGACGAGGGAAUGUACGAGGUGUCGUCGGAGGUCAGAGGUCAGCUGAAGGUCCUAGAGUCGAUCGACCGGCUGAGUCACAGACGGAAGAUGGAGAAGGAGAAGGACCAGAUUCUCAAGGCUGCCAAGAGCCGGUCCAGACCAGAAGACCCCGAGGCCGCUGCCAAGAUCAAGGAGCAGGCAAAGAAGCUCCAACAAGAGGAGGCCCAGAAGAUCAGGGACAAGAAAGCCAACGAGGCAGCUCUGGCUGCUCUGAGUGCCUUUGGCAGUGGGACCAAGAGAAAGAGACCUUCACCUGCUGAAGGGCUGCUCCUUCCGUUUGUAUGUCUGCAGGUCAGCAGUGGUCUCACAGGUCAAGAUACCGGUAGUGGCCACACCUCACUGCUAGGAACUCAGACAAGUCGUCAGCCCAAGCGCCGCAUCACUGCCAGGGACCUGUUGUUCUACAUGGAACAGACCAAAGAGACAAAGAAAUCUCUAGUCCUGUACAAGUCGCUGCUAAAAUGAUGCCGGCGUAAAAUCAUCCCUUGCCACCACUGUCUAGGAAUAAAUUUAUCUUUUUUGUCGGUUUUCGUUCAUUCUCUUCAUUCCAUGCUCACAAACACACUAUGCAAACAGAUCUCUACCACUGUAAAAUCACACCACUUUCUGAUUCGUGCAACAAUGAUUUUCAAUUGCUAUUUAUUACACCGAAUAAACGUGUUUUCUGCGUCAUGUGCAUUAUGAUACUGAUGAAGUGAUGGGCUUGCGGUAGGGGGUCGUGAAGGGUAUAAAAUUCUCUUUAUCUGCUAGUAUAAGAUGAUCUGUUCUUUUCUCGGAGCACCUCCAAUCUCUGUCUGUCCACACUCCUCUUUGCCAAGAGAAUGCCACUUAUACCACACGUCAUAGCCACUGCCCACCCAAUAGCUACAGCCUUCAUGGGGACGUUCAUGGACAACCACCUUCACACGAACAUUUUUAUUCAG